AUGUCGGCUAAGACUGUGUAUCAUUUGUAUAAUGUUGCUGCAGGAGCUGCAAAAGUUGUCAAGAAAGCUGUCGAAGUUGGAACCAAGGAUUGCCACCUUUUAAACUCAAUAAAGGGAAAUGAUGCAUUAUUCACUGAAGCUAAAAUAGUCUCAGAAGAAGCCAAGGCUAAAGCUGCUAACAGGCCUUUUAGUGAUGCUAAUGUGGAAUCGCAAGCACACCAUUAUGAUGAAUUUGGUGAUUCCGAAACGGAUAUUUUCCAAAUCGCUAAGAGAAAGUCAGCUAAAGCACGUGGAUCGGCUGUAAAUGAUGAAGCUGAGAUUGAUAUUUAUAAAGCCGCAAAGGGUGAAUCGGACAAGGUGCAUAAGAAGAAGGGACAUGGUAAUAAACAACAGAAACGUGAGUUGCAUACUUCUAGAAUGCUAAGUGAAGAUGACAAAAAAGGCUCCAAAGUUGAAGUAAUUGGCAGCAAGAAGGAACCUGCGGUCAAGCUAACUCAGGCUUCUAUCCCCUCAUCGAGACUGGGUCGUCUAUUUCAUUAUGGUACUUUGGCAGCAUCAAUGGGUGCCCAUGUUCUGAAAGAUACAGCAACCCACUAUGCCAAAACUGGUAAAGUUCCUGAAAUGAAAUCUGUCAUACUAUCACCACGUAAUAUCGAGUUGAUGGCCAGAAAGUUUUCUCAAAUGAGAGGUGCAGCUUUAAAAGUUGGGCAAAUGCUUUCAUUUCAAGAUAAUUCUGUCUUACCGCCAGACAUCCAAAAGAUUCUGUUGAGAGUGCAGAAUAACGCACACUACAUGCCUGCUGAUCAACUAGAAAAAACAUUGGCUUUUGAGUUGGGGGAAGAUUGGAGAAGCCGUCUUUUUGCAAGUUUUGAUGAUAUCCCAAUUGCUGCUGCCUCGAUUGGACAAGUUCACACCGCUGUUACUAGGAAAGGUUUGGAGCAGGUUGUAGUCAAAGUUCAGUACCCAGGUGUUGCCAAUUCGAUUGAUUCCGAUUUAGAUAAUAUUUUGACAUUGCUUACAUCUACUAAAAUGUUACCUCCAGGUAUGUUCUUGGAGAAAUCCAUUGCUAAUGCUAGAGUCGAGUUGAAAUGGGAAUGCGAUUACAUCAGAGAAGCCAACAAUAUAGUCAGGUACAAGGAGAUGUUGGCGAAUGAAAAGGUCUUCGAAGUUCCAAAGGUCUAUCAUGACUUGAGUGAUGAACAUGUCCUCACCAUGCAAAGAAUGAGAGGCACGGAAAUUGCUAAGGGUGACUGGCCCCAAGAUGUUAAAGAUAGAAUUUCUACGGAAAUUAUGAGAUUGACCUUAAAGGAGAUUUAUCAGUACAGAUUCAUGCAAACUGAUCCUAAUUGGGCCAACUUUCUGUACAACGAACAAACAGAUAAAAUUGAGUUAUUGGACUUUGGUGCCUGCCGUGAUUUCGAUAAGGAAUUUACUAUCCCAUAUGCGAACUGCUUACGUGCAGCUGUUAGAGAAGAUCGUGAGGCAGCAAAGAAAUAUUCAAUUGAGCUAGGAUUUUUAACUGGCUUAGAAUCUGAAGCAAUGACCAAUGCUCAUGUUGAUUCUAUAAUGGUGUUGGGUGAACCUUUCAGAGCAGAAACUUCCUUCAACUUUGAGGGACAGACUAUUACUGACAGAGUCCGUACUAACAUCAAGCUGAUGCUAAAUGAAAGACUAACUCCACCUCCAGAGGAAACAUAUUCUUUACAUAGAAAAUUAAGUGGUGCUUAUUUGUUAUGUGCUAGAAUGAAGGCCACUAUUUCUUCCAAAAUUUUUGAAGAUGUUAUUGGACUUGAGUAUGAGUAA